GACCGGCGGCGGCGAGAAACCCGCCGCCGCGCCCGCCGCCGGGGGCACAGGAGGGAUGAACGGCGAGCGGAUGGGGCCGCAGUACGCGAUACAGGACGGGCAGUACGCGAGCGGACCGAGCGGGUCGUUCGACGGCGGCGGAACAGACCGGCGGCGGAAAACGCACGGCGUCGUCGUCGUCGGCGGCGGCGGCGGCUGGUCCGGGUCGGGGUCGUACGACGCGGACGACGACGAGCUCGACAAGAUGCGCGUGCUCCUCGACGCGAAAGACAGAGAGAUCUCGAGCAUGCGGACGGAGCGCGCGCUGCUCGAGAAGGAGCUGAGGGACGCGGUGCUGUCCGGCGACGAAUCGGGACGGGCGACGGCGAACGAGGCGGCGGCGGAAAAGUCGCCGUCGAAAUCGAAAUCGACGUCCGCGGCGCCCGCGCCCGCGACGGACCGCGACCGACUCGAGUUCUUGAAGUCCGCCGCGAGUCAGACGAUCGUCGCGAUCGCGGAGGCGUCGAAGCGCGAGCGCGACCUCCCGGACGGGGACGCGAGACGCGCCGACCUCGACGUCGUCCUCAGACGCGCCGACGCGCUGGUGACGAAAGCCGCGGCGGUGGCGAAAGACGCCGCGACGAGGGAGGCUGCGGACGCGGCGGACACGGAGGAGGAGCUCGCGAAGUUGAAAGCCGCGAUCGUCGCGGCGAAGGAGAAGGACGCGUCGAAGGAGGAGGACGCGAAGAGAGACGCCGCGGCGGCGAAGGCGAAGGCGAAGGUUUCGCGACCGAGCCUCGCGAUCGAGAUGGGCGCGGCGGGCGCGCGCGCGGCCGAGGCCGAGGCGAGCGCGUCCGACGCCGUCGUCGCGGUGUCGCCGAUGGACGCGGAGGUCGUCGUCGACGCGGAGGAGAGCGACGACGCGGGGGGGGCACAGGACGACGAGGAGCGAAGAGAGAUGACGAGAUGA